UGGUAGACUGGGCUCAUGCCCCAGAGGAGAAAGCCCGUUGGGACAGCGGCUCUGGUGCUAGCAGCCAACUUUCCAGAAUGUGCCAAACAGGACAAGCCUGGCCGAGACCCGACCACAGAGCAUCAGAGCUGUAUCAGGCCAUCAGAGACCACUGUGUUUUGCAGAGGCGAAUGCUUGCUGGACUGGGUGUCCCAGAUCCCUGGCGUGUUACAGAGGGGUAGCACCACGGACUCCAGGUCGCCAAGAAAAGAAGGGGGACCAGCCACAGAGAGCGUUCCUUCAGGGAUCCAGCCCAACGAGCAGUUCCGGGAAGGCGGCUUGCUGGUAAGCUGCGGAGCACAUUUGGGGUCUGGGACGGCUCCAUCACCGCCCGUGCGGAGGGAGCAGGGCGCCUGGCUGUGCCCACCCGAGGUCCGGGCUGACGUGGCCUCCCAGACGGCCUCCAGGAUGACCCCGCUGACCCUCCUGCUGCUGCUGCUGGCUGGGGACAGAGUCGCCUCAGAUAUGAUCGUCGGCCCAGGGAGCUUACAAGAAGGGGAAAGUGAAGGAGACAGCCAGAAAGGAGGUAUUCCCGACAACGAGUCCAUUCAAGGCAACGAGGACUCUUCCACCUUGCCGAUGACUACCCUGACCGGUCAAGGCAACGAGGACCCUUCCACCUUGCCGAUGACUACCCAGACCGUCGUACAAGACACUGUCACGGAGGCCUUCAGCCAGCCUGCCACCGAACCGGUCCAGCCAACCACCCAGCCCACUGCUGAACCCUUCUGCCCAGCGCCCAUCACCUCCUGCUCUGACUCGGAGAUCCGCGAAGCAGAGGCGGUGCUGGGGGAGGCACUGACAGACUUCUCCCUGAAGCUCUAUCAUGACUUCUCGGUGUUGAAGAAGAAGGAGACCAACUUCAUCUUCUCCCCCUUCAGCAUCGCCAGCCUCCUCACCCAAACCCUGCUUGGGGCUGGAGGAGAAACCAAGGAAAGCUUGGAGCGCCUCCUCUCUUACCCCCAGAACUUCAGCUGUGUCCACCGUGCCCUGAAUGCCUUCACGUCCGAAGGUUUCACCUCGUUCUCUCAGAUCUUCCACAGCUCAGACCUGACCAUCAGGGACACCUUCGCCGACGCCUCUCAGAGGCUCUAUGGCAGCAGCCCGAGGCCCCUGGGGAAUAACAGCACGGCCAGCUUGGAGCUCAUCAACGACUGGGUGGCCAAGAAGACCAACCUCAGGAUCAGGCGGCUGCUGGACAGCCUGCCUGAGGACACCCGCCUCAUCCUCCUCAACGCGGUCACCCUGAGCGCCAAGUGGAAGAUAGCGUUUGAUAACAGCAGAACAAUCAUGAUGCCCUUUUACGUUAAAUCCUCUGCCAUCAAAGUGCCCAUGAUGAACAGCAAGAAGUACCCUGUGGCCUCUUUCACAGACCGGACUCUGAAGGCCCGGGUGGGCCGCCUGCAGCUGUCCCACAACCUGAGCUUUGUGAUCCUGGUGCCCCAGACCGUGAAACACCAUCUCCAAGACCUGGAGCAGGCCCUCAGCGCCACCGUCUUCAACGCUGUCCUGAAGAAGCUGGAGAUGACCAAGUUCCAUCCCACACACCUGACGAUGCCGCGCAUCAAAGUGCAGAGCAGCCAGGACAUGCUGGAUUACUUUGACUUUAUCUACGACGUCAACCUAUGCGGGCUGACGGAGGACCCGGACGUGCAGGUGUCUGGGAUUCGGCACCAGGCCACCCUGGAGCUGACGGAGAGUGGGGUGGAGGCGACCGCCGCCUCGGUGGUCUCCGUGGCCCGCAACCUGCUGGUCUUCGACGUGCAGCAGCCCUUCCUCUUCCUGCUCUGGGACCAGCAGCACAAGUUCCCGGUCUUCAUGGGCCGGGUGUAUGACCCCAAGGGCUGAGCCGGCCUGGGGCCUCAGCCCGCCAGCCCAGCCGCGGCCCUGCUCCAGCCUGCCUGCACGUGCCCCUCCCCGCCUCCCGCCCCAGGCCUGCCCUCCACCCGAGGGGCUCCCGUGGGGUCCUGUGGGGGGGGGGGGCGGCUUCCCUCCUCCCUUACGGCAACCCCUCCAAAGCACUUUUGAGCUUUCUCUGGCACAGAUACAGCAGACUUCACAAAUAAAACCUGGCAGACCAUGA